AUGGCGUCCGGCGACGAUGGUUUUGGCCCCAAGCUCCCGGGCUACUUUGACUUUACGCUCGUCUUUGAGCACAGCCUGUUUUCGCUUCUGCCGGCCGUCGCCUUUGUCCUGGUCGCGCCCUGCCGCAUUGCUCAGCUGUGGAGGAGACGGGAAUGCGUUGGCUCGCGCACGCUUUUAUUCGCCAAACUGGUAAGGCUUCCCGAGGAAAACAGCCAGAUUCUUUUUUUGAUUGUAGCACUAAUCACUGCGUACGGCAAACAGUCAACGGCUGGUGUUCUUUUUGCGCUGCAGGUUGCCGUCCUGGCUCUUUGGAGUCUCCCAGCAACCCACAGAGCCAAGACAUCCAUCGCAGACGGCGUCCUGGGUGUCCUGGAGAGCAUCACCAUUCUCGCGCUGUCCUUUUUCGAGCACCGUCGCUCGCCGAGCCAGUCUCUUCUGCUCAGCAUCUACCUGAUUGUCAGCAGCAUCCUCCACGUCGCCUCGAUCCGCACCGCAUGGAUCCGCGCCGCCGAGCAGCCGCCGCUGGCGGGCGUCCUCACGGCUGCCUUGCUGGCUCGCCUGUGUCUCUUGGUGCUGGAGGAGAUGCCCAAGACGCUCCUCGCACGCGAGAAGUCGCAGUCGCGCGAGACGCGCGCCGGCUUCAUCAGCCGCAGCGUCUUUUGGUGGCUGAACGGCUUCCUGUCCAUGGGCUACACGUCUGUGCUGGACGUCAAUCACAUGGGCCCCAUGGCGCCCAAGUUUGAUUCGCAGAUCCUGCUGCAAAAGCUGGAAAAGGUCUGGGAUACUGAUGGAAAACAAGGCAGCAACAGUCUGCUCAAAUGCACGUUUCUGGCGUACAAGGGUCAGUUCGCGGCGGGGAUUCUUCCCAGGCUUCUGUACAGCGGCUUCACUCUCUCGCAACCCUUCCUCAUCUCCUCGGUCGUUGGCUAUGUUUCGCAAGGGGAUCACAACAGAAACGGGACAGAAGGCGCGAGCCUCAUUGGCGCCACGAUCCUCCUUUACACAGGACGCGCCGUGAGCCACGCCUGGUAUCGACAUGCGACGUAUCAGCUGCUUACCAUGUACCGCGGUGGUCUUGUUGCUCUCGUGUUCAAAAGAACGCUUGAAAUCGAGGCCUCGGGGAUUCGCGACAUGGCCCCCGUCACACUCAUGAGCACCGACGUCGAAGGCAUCGCCGCAGGUGGAGCUGUUAUCCACGACAUCUGGGCUGCCUUGAUUGAGCUUCCAUUGUCGCUUUUCUUGUUAUACCGACAGGUUGGCGUCCCGAGUCUGUUGAUUCUUGUUCCCGCCCUUGUAACCACGGUGUGUGCUGCCGUCAUUGCGCCGAAACUCGGACCAGCGAGGGUCCUAUGGAACACGGCCAUCCAGCAGCGAGUUGGUGAUACAUCCAACAUGCUCAGCCAAAUCAAGGGCGUCAAGAUGAUGGGUCUGACCGAUUUCUUCCUGGCUCGCCUUCAGGAAUCGAGGGCCCGUGAACUGAGACUCUCGGUCAAGUUUCGCUGGAUUCAGGUCUAUUUGCAUGGACUUGCAACAGCCUCGGCGUCUACCACUCCAGUCAUUGUCAUUCUUGCUGCUAUUUUUUGGACAAAGGCCGGCGAGGGUCUUAGUGUCGCCGCCGCUUUCACAUCGCUCUCCAUCAUUGCCAUUGCGUCGAACCCGAUACUGAUUCUUCUUGUGUCCAUGAUGCAGCUCUUCGGUAUAGUCGGCAGCUUUACCCGUCUUCAAGAAUUCCUGUUGUCCGAAGUCCGCAAAGACCCUCGCUGCUUGUCAGACAAGUCAGGCAAGUCUUGUCCUCCCUUGUCCACUCACGAUCAGACCAUACCUCUCAUUCAUUGCUCUCGGGGCGUUGAGAUGGCUUCCAUUUCUGUUCGGGAGCCGUCAGGGACUGUGGUUGAGUUCAAGGAUGCGACUUUUUCUACUGGUGAUAAGAAAGGUGUUCUUCGCGGUAUUUCUCUACAAGUCCAUCGUGGGACCCUCUCCAUGGUAGUAGGUCGUGUGGGAUGCGGCAAGUCGUCAUUCCUCAAAGCCAUGGUCGGCGAAUUGCCAAUUGACUCGGGUUCUGUGGACUCUGGCUCUCAAUAUGCUGCCUACUGCGACCAAACACCGUGGAUCCUAAAUGUCACUAUCGAGCAGAAUAUCGUUGGCCAAUCCCAGUACGAUGAAAAAUGGUUCAAAACGGUAGUCGCUGCGUGUGGUCUUGAUGAAGAUUUUGCAGCGCUUGCCAACGGUCAGCAAACCCUGGUGGGCUCGGGAGGUGUAGCUCUCAGCGGUGGCCAAAAGCAGAGAGUUUCUCUUGCUCGCGCCGUCUUUUCUGCAAAGGAUUUUGUCGUCCUCGACGAUGUGUUCAGUAGCCUCGAUACCAAAACGUCCAAAUCUGUCUUCAAUCGCCUCCUCAGCCGAGAUGGUUUGCUCCGCAGAAAUGGCCAGACCGUCGUUAUGGCUACGAACAAUGUCAACUUCCUAACAGCUGCUGAUUAUAUCACCAUGAUGAAAGACGGCUGCAUUGUGCGCAACCAAGUUCCAUACAGCGCAUUCGGGCCCUCUGACUGGGGUGUUCUAGAGGACGAGGCUGACUCUACUGUCGUUUUCGAGGAUCCCGUUGAGCGCGUGCAGUUCAAAAAGCCGCUCCAGAGGGCCGAGCUCGACAUUGAGGAGAAGACAAAGCAGGUCAAGAUUAAGCUAAGUCGUCAAACUGGAGACAUUGACUACUACAAGAUCUAUCUCAAGGCGCUGGGCAUUUCUAUCGUCGUCAUCACUGUCAUCUUAGUCUGUGUCAGUGUUGGCAUUGAAAAGAUGCCUCAGAUUUGGCUUCGGCUCUGGACCGAGAGGGGGACUAACACAAGCAAGCUCCGCUACAUGGGAGGCUACAUAGCCUUUGCCAUCCUCGCCUCUUUCUUCCAGCCUAUCAUCAUUGCGUACUUCUUAAUCGUGGGCGUCCCGAGAUCUGCCAAUCGUCUUCACACCACUUUGCUAACGGCUGUUAUACGUACGCCUCUACAUUUCUUCACCUCAACUGACAAUAGCAUCACCCUGAAUCGAUUCAGUCAAGAUAUAAGCCUCAUUAAUCAAGCUUUACCCAUAGCGUUUAUAGGGACUGUUAUUUUAGUUGUACAGGCCAUUGCAGACACAGCCGUCAUCGCUUCUAGGGCGUCCUAUGUUGGAGUAAUCAUUCCCUUUAGACUUAUUGCCGUCUACAUGAUUCAACAAUACUAUCUACGAACCUCUCGUCAGAUCCGAUUUCUCAACUUAGAACUCAAGUCCCCGCUGUACACGCAAUUUACGGAAACCAUCGCGGGCCUUACGACAAUCCGCGCAUUUGGCUGGGCCCGCGCUAUAAAGGCCAAGAACUAUCAGCGUCUUAACACCUCGCAGAAGCCUUACUACAUAAUGUUCUGCAUCCAGCGCUGGCUACAGGUAGUUUUGGACUUGUUUUCUGCAGGAAUGGCUUUGGUUCUCGUCAUUUUCGCCGUCAUUCUCCCCUCGUCAACUUCUGGAGGUGCCGUUGGCCUGGCCUUGGUAAACGUCAUCAGUUUCAACUUCACUCUAUCCAGCGUCAUCAUGGCCUGGACACAGCUCGAGACUUCGCUCGGUGCCAUUGCCAGAUUGAAAUGGUUCAACAAGUACACUCCCAAUGAGAACAAGUCGGAAGAAACGGAGAAGCCCGGCGUAGACUGGCCCUCACAGGGUCGCAUCGAGCUAGAGAAUGUUGUUGCUGCCUAUAGCAACGACGGCGAGGACAUUCUCCGUGGUGUUACUCUCAUGAUUGAGCCUGGAACCAAGGUCGGUGUCUGUGGACGAUCGGGGAGCGGAAAGUCGUCUCUCAUCGCUGCUUUGUCAAGACUCCUUGAGCUACGCAGUGGCACCAUGCGCAUCGAUGGUAUCGACCUGGCCAGGCUUCCCCGACAGCUGAUUCGGUCCAGGCUCUCAGCCUUCCCUCAAGAUGCCUUUCGUCUUCCCGGCACGGUGCGUCACAGCCUUGACCCCGAGGGCAAGACGCAAGCCGACGAGCCGCUCAUCCAAGCCCUCACCAAGGCGGCCAUGUGGCCGUUCCUCCAAUCACGCGGCGGCCUAGACGCCAAGCACGAAGACUUAAAUUUGUCGGCCGGCCAGCUGCAGCUUAUUUGCAUGGCGCGCAUCUCGCUCCGAUGCGGAAGCAGCACGGCUGGUGGCGUUGUCCUGCUAGACGAGGCGACGAGCAGCGUCGACACGCGCACCGACGACGAGGUGCGCUUGGCACUUGGGCCCGACCUUGGCGGCAAGACCGUGGUCGAGGUGGCACAUCGUCUGGAGAUUGUGCGGCACUACGACAUCAUUGUCGUCAUGGCUGGCGGCAAGGUUGCCGAGGUGGGCAGUCCUGAUGAAUUGCUCGCAACGCCGGGCUCAGAGUUCCAAGCACUAUGGAAUAGCAGACGCCCGUAA